AUGACCCCCCCGGCCACUCGCUGCUGUCGGGCUCUUCCACGCCACGUCGUCUCCUCCAGUGAUUCGAUAUGGAUAUCCGACGCGCUGCUCGCAGCCGCCUUUCAGAGAUACUGCAAUGUCUCCCGGACGGGUCGUAGGCAGAUGAGCCAAAUCCCCGGCCCACUCGAAAACCGUCGGCGGCUCGGAAAGCGGCAUAUGGGCGCCCUUAUCUCGCUCAGUGGUUCGUCGUCGCCCGCCCCGUGGGCAUUUCCAGUGUCUAUCGAUCUUUCGAAAUGGCGCUGGGAGCCUCCAUGGCCAGCCUCGACCUCGACCUCGACCUCGAAGCCGGAACGAAAUAGUCUACGUGAAGACAGCACGCUAGCUGCAAGCCCUACGAGUCCUUUGCCCAACUGGUCUGGCUGGGGCAACAAAGUCGCACAUGAGGGGCCUCGAGGACAAACAUCUGUUCUCGACUCUGGUCGCAUUUUCUCCGCGCCCCAGCCUCUCUUCAGCGAAGACGUGGAGACUUAUUGCUCUUCCGUUCCUACUCUCUCCGCGGAAUCCCUCAUCUCCAACACCGAGUCAAUUUGUCGCAAGCUUCAGUCCCAUAUCUAUCUAGGCCAGAUACAGCCUCGGAAUAUAUCUUCUAUGGCAACCGUGAUAUGGAGUGCCUUGGAUUCGCGGCCCGAUCUCUUGCCACUCUGCCAUCUCUUCGCCAUGAUUAUGGAAGCUAUCCCCGCCAGUUACUUGGGUGGAUUGCAUAUAGGUGUCCUUUCCAUGCUCGACGUGUUUUUUACUCUAUGGCUCUCAAAACCCGACGGGGCCUAUGACAGCCAAGUCGAGGCACUCUCAGCGGCCUUGAGAGCACUCGACCCCCAAGAGAAUGCCCCCCUGCUCGAUGAGGCUGACAAGCUCGCGCUUGAGCGGACAGCUCAAUCACUCGUUAGCUCCGAUACAUUGCGAUACAACUGGCUUUGUGUGCUGGCUCGGAUGCCCCUCGUUAACCAGGACAUUUUGUUUGCCAGUUCCGCGCGUUUUUCUAACAGCGCCUCGGGAAGAACGGCUCUGAAGCCUACCGAGCUCUGCGAGCUACUUUUAUGCCAGUGGAUGAGCCGAGGAUAUCUUCAUGACUUGAAAACGCGUCGCAAGUAUGAACAGAUAUCUCAGGGUGACGAUACGGCCAUUGCAUCCUUGCUCUUGGCAAUUUUCAUGAAAAAGGGACACCGGCACUGGUCAGGGCUGUUUUCCAGUCUGUGGACGUUGCUCGGCAAGCUGGACCUGACGGACGACGUCAGGGCAUCGCUCUUGGCUCUUUCGCAAACCUACCGGGUGCCGCUGCACCUGGUCCAGCAUCUUGCCUGGAAAUCCGAUAACCACUACAUCGCAAUAGAUCUUCAUGACCUGUACAUGCGUCACCUGCAGCAACCGGGCGGGCCAGAUUGGGACCCCGGACUUUUUGAGCAAAAAUACACAGACGAGAUAAUUCUCGACCCUUCCCUCCCAUCUCACACAAUAUGGAGAGUGCUGGACAUAGGGAUGUACGAAAACUUGAAGGGGAGGAAGCUUCAGAAAGAAGUAGCCCGGCACCGCGGGACUUUUGGGGAGAAAAGGACUAGGAUUGUGGAGGGACUAGCGCCUCUGAUGGGCCAUGUACCCAACAUGCGAGACAGGUGUGCUUUUCGCGAUGUGUCCCAGUGCGUACGAUUUCUCGAGCGCCAGGCAAAGGACGGUCUACACACGACUACCUCGAAGGCUUUAUUUGACGUGAUAUCGAAAGACCUUGUCGAAGGGCGGCCAGGGAGAACCACUCGCUUGCGAUGGUUUUUGCGCGUCGUCCUAAGGAACCACGGCUUGGACACGGCGAUUCGUUGCCGCGAUGUCCUCAUGGAUUGGCAGUCCCAGCUGCAUUCGUUGCGGCGCCAGGGCGUUGUACCCGAGUCGCAAGGCAGGAGAGAUGAGUGGUGA